UUACCAUGCUAAAUGUGUAAUAUUUUAUACAGCAAUGUUUUUACAUUAUAAUUUAGGAAUAAUUGUUUUCCCUACUCAAUUGAAUUAUUUUUGACAUACAGAUACCUAUAAAAGUACGUAAUUUCGAGGCAAGGUACUAAACGUCGAAGGAGAGGUCAGCAAAAAUUUCUUUGUCUCUUCGGAGAUAGGCCCUUCAUUUUGGCAGUGAUUCACAGCAACGUGCAACGCCAUACUGGAUAAACGAUGAGGAACAUACAGAACGAAGCAUUAACGAGCUACUUUCGACAAAUUGUGGCCAGCGCGCCAAAGAUUUCGAUGACGACGGGGACUAGAUAUUUCAAAAAUGAUACAUGGUUCCAUUGCGCCAAAAGGCAUCUAUCUCUGGCAGCUGCGGCACAUUGUCUUGAAGGUUACAACAAAGGUACUUAUUUUGUGCGAGCGGGAGAUUACAACACGGAUAUAAACGAGGGAACGGAAGUGAAAGCCAACAUCGAGGAUUAUUACGUGCACGUGGAAUUUCGUAAAGGCCAUAGAAUGAACGAUGACAUCGCUUUGGUUCUACUUAAAGGCCUCGGCAUUCCGCUUGACAAAGAUAUGAUGCCAAUUUGCUUGCCGCCUGAGAAUGCCGAAUAUCCACCAGGAUUGAAUUGCACGAUCAGCGGAUUCGGCAGCAUUGAAACGAGGAAGACGAGCGCCAUUAGUGAUGGAAUGAUGUGCGCCGAAUAUCUUGAUGAAAGUACCGAUACCUGCGAUGGCGAUUCUGGAGGAUCUCUGACACGUUAUCACAACGGAGCUUUCACUUUAUACGGGAUAACUAGUUGGAGUCAACAUUGCGGCAAUGCGAAUAGACCUGGAGUUUACGUCUGUGCAGCGCAUUAUCGUCGUUGGAUCGAUCAAAAAAUUAGAGAAUCGUUAGCAGGUAGAUAGAAUGUCGAAACUAAAAUUUAAAGUUACACAUAACCAUUUAUGUUGCUCUUAUUAUUUUUCCCAAAACGCAAAACAACAUUAGUUGUAAAUGAUAAAUAUUCUAGCGUCAUUUGUAAAUAAGAUUCCUUUUUUGUCAUAUCCAUUUUUUCGAUCCUUUUAUUAAUUCAUCCUUACACGCAUUUCAAUGUAAAUACUUGCAAAAUAAAACGUAAGUACAUCAGUUACAAAAUAUAGAAAUAACAAUAAAAUAGUCAAAGUAAUUCUGUUAAUUUGCCGUUUAUUUCAUAAGACAUCUUCAUUUCUACAGUAAUGGUAAUUGCUGAUUUUCUAUGGCUUUUACAUGAUUGAGCCUAUUUUUUAUGUACAAUAGUCCUAAUAUAUAUAUUUGAUCCAAUUCGAUCUACGAUGACAAUUCAACUUGGCAUUUAUACAAAUUAAAUAGAAGAUGUACAUAUACAAUCGCAGAAAAAAAUGUGUUUCCAAUGUAAACUUAAGCUGUGAAUAACAUUAUACUGUUACGACUGAUCUAUCAUCAGAGUAGCUGAUCAAACGAAAACUAAAAUUGUUCGCUCAUUAAAUUACUUCUUGCAACAUUGGUUUUCUUAAAAAGCACAUAAACAGAAAAACGAAAAGGAUACUGUAAAUAAUGUUAUUCAUAUAAUUGUGUACAUAUACUAAACAUCUCGGCGAAGGUGUAAUAUUGUACUCUCUUCUGUAAUAAAAUUGAUAUAUAUUUAUUUACAAC